AUGGCAAACCUGACGGUAACCAUAGCAACGAACUCCACAAUAAUCCCCAUCGCUGAAACGCAACCAUUUGACUCCACAGUGAGAUCUAUAUCCACUUUCCUGCUGAUUAUCAUCAUUCUGCUUACCCUUCUCGGCAACUCGCUCGUCAUCCGGGCGUUUAUUUCUUUCCGGAAGUUACGCAACGUUACCAAUUACCUGGUUGUGUCCUUAGCAGUAACAGAUAUCCUGGUCGCCAUGUUUUCCAUGCCGGUCUGGGCAGCAUAUCUGUUAACAGGGCCACCAUGGAUUUUCUCCUUGUGGCUAAAGAAGAUCUGGCAGUCGAUGGACAUUUUAUGCAGUGUGGCCUCCAUCUCACAUCUUCUACUUAUCAGCAUAGAGCGCUACAUCUGCAUCUCUUCUCCGCUGACGUACCACAGUAUUGUGACCACGCCCAAGACACGUGUAGCAAUUUGUGCAGCGUGGUCCUUCGCGCUGACUAUGACCAUCAUCAAACUGGUCACCUGGGAUAUGUCAUUCUCAGCAGCUUACCAGUUGACAGCGUUUUCACUCUGUUUUGCCGCGCCUGUUUUUAUCAUGAGUUACGCCUACAUUAUGAUUUUCAGAGUUUCUCGUACACAGGCGAAGAAAAUGCUGCUCAAGAUUGGAGAAAAAACCAAAAGGUUCUGCCUCCCAAAAGAGCUGAAGGCUGCCAAAACGCUAGGAGUGGUAAUGGGGGCUUUUGUGCUCUGUUGGUUCCCAUUCUUCUUUCUAAAUUUCUUUAACGCUCUUUGUCGGUAAGUUGUGUCAUUUGUGUAACUCCAAAAUCAUGCAUAAUUGCUCCUUGCAAAUUCUAAGACCCAUGACACUACUUAUUUUCAGUUAACCGGAGCCAGUUAUAUUUAUCACCUGGCUGGAGGAGGAUUUGUGGGGGGGGAGAUCUCAUGGCUUUUUUUUUGGGGGGCAUUCGUUGUCAACAGAGUAUUAGAGGGAGACUCUACAAAUUUUGUUAAUUUAACUGCCAAUCGGGGGGGGGCGGGAGGGGUCUUCCGAUCCUCUAGGCGAAGAAUAAUGAUCGGACUUUAAGGUGGCUGACGAUGAGUUGUGUGGUAACUCUGUCAAAAGGCAUUAAUUACGUUACAGUAAGUAUCACUCCUUUUCGUUGUAGUACAUGUCCUAUUCAAGUAGGAGCUGUAAUGGUAGCCAAAGCGCUUCACUACUUUAAUUCAGUUCUCAACCCAAUCAUCUACGGUCUAAUGAACAAACAGUUCAAGACUGCCUUUAGACAUCUCUUCACCUCAACAUACUCUAGCGUGACGGGAAAGGCACAGCCCGUGACAAGGUCAGAUAUCGAGAGGCAACUAUCCAGCAUCAAAAGUUGGGGGUUAACUUCUCUAAAAAGCAGAUCAUCAACUCAAGAUAAAGGAAACACUGCAACAACGGAACUAUGUAAUUACCCGGACAAAAGUACAGGGACAAGUUUGUGAAACUUUUACCCGAAAGUACAUGUAUACUUGUAUCUAUUAUAGUAUUUUUGGGUUGAAUCAGUGUAAAAGCCGAGGACAUAAGUUAUCAUCCCGAUAAGCUAUGAGAACCCAAAAUAAGAACAAGAAACUUCACAAAACUCGCUUGUCAGACCAAUCUGGUCAAAUACAGCGGAUGAGAGGGA